AUGGACUCAAGCUGCACACCGCUGGGCAUUCGCAUCAGGGCUUCGAACAGCGAUGACCAACUGGGACACCUACACGAACCGUGCACGCCAGAGGGCAGGGAAGAGACAGGGACGCAGGCUGGCCUGGGAAGCCGGCGGCAAUCAGGCUCUGGUUGCGAUUUCCUCGAUGACGAAGGUUUGCUGAUGCCACCCCGCAGCUCAGCACCACUGCACCAACACCGUGUGGCGCCAAUGAAAUCGCGACUGUCUUUCCGGGCACGCCUGAAGCUGCACUUGAGAAAACUGGGGACACCAGCGGUGUUGUCCGCAGGUCAGGGAGUCAAGAACGAAGUUUGUGGCGGGCUGCAACGUGAAGAGAUGAGAAGAAGGAAUACCUGUCCUGGUGGCCGCGAUAACAUUCCCCGCAAAAAGAGGAGCAAUCUUGGGAUGGUUUUCGUGCGUAUAAGUCCCAGAUUCUCUAUCCGAGACUUGCCAAGAAUGUACGAAGAUUUUAAGCGGAGCAGAGGAGACGCUGAGCAGCGCCGGCAGCGCAAGAUCAGCUGGGAUUUGGAUCGAGCACAGCCAAGCAUGGCUGGCAAGGUGUGCCGCAGGAAACGCACGGGCCCAGCGCCGAAUGCAUUCUUUCGCUGUGUGAAAACGUCCCUCAAGAAACGCGCCCUUGACACCCACAUUUCGGCGAUUGGUGACGCAUCGAUCGUGCUUGGCAUGUCAAGGCCCCCAGCUACAUCCGGCACACGCCCUCCCAACUACAGCUGCAUGCGAGAGAUGUUUGCAAAGAGGCAGUGGCUGAGGGGUUCAUCGAGGGUGAGGAGUCCUCGCUGCGAUGCAUUCCAGAGCUUCUUCUGGAAUCGCGAUGAUGGUCGGGAUGUGGCAGGGGCGCUUGCAGACGCAGAUCCGGGUGCCGAUGCAGCCAGCGAUCAAAAGGUCGAUGGCAUUGCAGGGGUACUGCCCGAUCACAGCAAGCUGGGGGGAAGUUUUCCAUUCGCAGACUUGGCACACAUGCAGCGCUGUGGGGCGUUCCCUCGAGCAGAGCCCCACUGGAAGGCUCGACCAGGUGUGUGCAGCCCGGACAUCCCCAAGACGUGCGCGCCCAAGGCGUCCCAGAUCAUUGCUGUGCUCAUGAAGGCCAACCUGCUCACCCUGGGCGAAAAGCUGCAGUACAAGACUAAGCACGGGCAGCUGCUGGCUGAAGGCUGGGUGAUGUGGAAUGGCAUCCUGUGCAGCCGGUGUGGAGGGGUGGUGGGCCCCACGGGCUUCGAGCGCUGUGCAGGCAGCCUGGCUCGCCGCCCAUGUGACCACAUCUUCACACACUCGGGGCAGACGCUGCACAGCGCAUACAAGAUGUUGGGCCUGGGGCAGCAGAUAGAGGGUGGCCCAUCGUCACCAGAAGAGGAGGGCAGUCGCGAGGUGGUCACUAUGGACGGUGUGGCCAUGGAGUCGCAGCUGGGCGACCUGGUUAUUUCCUCAUGA